UUUGACCAACAAAUUGAUUAUAUCCACUCAAGUCUGCACUGCGCAUGUCUAAUGACGUCAUCACUAGAAAAUUCUUGGAGUAGAGGCUUUGAGCGGCUGCUCUCCUAUUUUCCUGCUAAAGUCCUCCUCUGAUGUUGGCAUUUUGAAUCUUGGAGCUUUUGAACAACAAUGGAGGGAGUCAACAACUACACACCAAAGAGAAUGCGGAUGGAUUGCAAGGUCUAUGUGGGCAACCUUGGCAACAAUGCAGCAAAGCAUGAGCUGGAGUCUGCGUUCACCAAAUAUGGUCCAUUAGUUAAUGUGUGGGUGGCGCGCAAUCCUCCAGGCUUUGCAUUUGUUGAAUUUGAAGACCCACGGGAUGCUGAAGAUGCAGUGCGAGCAUUGGAUGGAUCGUAUUUUUAUUGCAGGUCCCGUUCCCCUAGGAGGUUUGGCCGUUCUCGUUCCAGGUCGCCGAGACGGUCACGGUCUCGCUCCCCCAGGUCUGUUUCACGCUCACCAAGGUAUGAUGACUACCGCAGAAGAAGUGACUCUCCAGACUUCAGAAGACGUUCCCGGUCCCGAUCAUAGGCAGAUGCAAAUCAAGAUGAAGGCAGUAGUGUCUUCAGAGUGUGUGGAAUUUAUAACUUGAGGCUGCUGUAUGAAGAGGGCGCUUGUGAAGUAGCUACCUCGGACAUAAGAUAUUUUCUCACCAUGUCUAGCUAUGAGAAAUGUACGAUCACUCAUUGAGAUUGACAAUAACGUUUGUCAAUUCACAGAGUUCAUAAAACCUGAUUUCAUUUUAUAAAUGUAUAAUUCUUGGUUUAUCACUUUCAAGUUAUGACACUUGACUGUUCGGAAAAAGAUCACUUGGAUCCUAUGUAUUGUGAUCGUUACAUGUUUAUAUUCAUUCGAUUUCCAUACACCCAGUAGGAUUCAUGUUACUUUUCAUUUUAGGGUUAUCUAGUUUUUAUAAGGUUGUGUGAAUGGAUGAAUGUCACAGUAUGCCAUACCUUUCACAGACAAUUCCAUAAAGCUAAAAAUUAUAUCAUUUGUAAAUUGUGGUAGUACAAAUUAAAAUGAAAGGUAUGGAUUGUUUUUAAGUUUUUGUGAACAAUGAAGUUCCACAGUUCUUCAUCUUGUUUUAUUACAAACCCAGAUUUGACUGGAGCAAAUGUUUUACCAUGUGUGUGACUUACAAAUAAAUACUUGAAUAAAAAUUAAACCUC